AUGACCUCCGCCAGCGACCUUGCCGCUAUGCAGGAGACUCAAGUGCAGCCAGCUGACAACACCGCCAUCAACAUCGAUGCUGCCAGCAAUACUAGGGAGCCGCAUAUUCUUGCUAUGCCCCCUGAACUCCGCCUCAUGAUCUACGAUUACAUCUUCGCAAAUCAACUCGAGGCAGUAAGCAAGGAAGAAACUGCAGCCACGGCCCGGAAGGCUCUACAACCCGACCUCCUGCAUAUAUGUCAGAUAAUCCGUCGCGAGGCCACGGCAAAGUACUCGCGCCUGCUGGAUGAUACGUAUGUGGUGCACGCGCAGCGGCUGGAAGCAGAGAUACAGAGUUUCAAGGACGAGGCGGCGCGUUCGAACUUGCUGGGACCUAGGCGUGGGCGGCUCAUGUGGUUGUGGUGGAGGAGUAUGCGCAGUCAGGAACUCGGGGAGGGGGUGCGAGCGUUGGCCAAAGCCAUUACCAAACUUCGUGCUUUGAUGUCCUUGGGAGACGUCAGCCAUCACUCUCGACGGACUCGAAUGCACUCGAAGGUAGCAUCGAGGGCAUCGAGGCCGUCGAGAGUCGUCUAUGAGCCUCGAGUACUUGAGGCCAAGUCGGCGUCGACGAGCCGUCGGUAUCGCGAGCGGUGA